AAAAAAAAAAUUCAUACCGGAGAGAAGCCUUAUGAGUGUACUCAUUGUGGAAAGUCCUUCAGUCAAAGCUCGGACUUCGUUGCACAUAAAAGGACUCACACUGGAGAGAAACCCUAUGAAUGCAACCAGUGUGGAAAGUCCUUCAUUCGAAGCACUCAACUUAUUAGGCAUCUGCGAAUUCACACUGGAGAGAAGCCAUAUAAAUGCAAUCAGUGUGAUAAAGCUUUCAGUGGGAGCUCUCACCUUAUUGAGCAUCAGAGAACUCAUACUGGAGAAAAACCUUUUGAAUGUAAUCAGUGUGGGAAAGCCUUUACUGGGAGCUCUUACCUUCUUUCCCAUCAGAGAAUUCAUUCUGGAGAGAAACCAUAUGAAUGUAAUAACUGUGGGAAAUCUUUUCGGCAGCGAUCACAGCUUUUUGUGCAUCAGCGCACCCAUACUGGAGAGAAGCCUUACAAGUGCAGUCAUUGUGAAAAAGCUUUCAGCCAGAGGUCUCCCCUCAUUGUGCAUCAAAGAACACACAUUGGAGACAAGCCCUAUCAGUGUAACAUGUGUGUUAAAGCCUUCAGUCAAAGGUCACGCCUUAUUGAACAUGAGAGAACACAUACUGGAGAAAAACCCUAUGAAUGUAUUGACUGUGGGAAAGCCUUUAAUGAUCGGUCAACACUUAAGAAACAUGAGAGAACACACACUGGCGAGAAACCUUAUGCAUGUAAUCAUUGUGAAAAGGCCUUUAGUCAGCGAUGUCAGCUUACUAGGCAUCGGAGAAUUCAUACUGGAGAAAAACCCUAUGAAUGUAAUGAAUGUGGGAAGGUUUUCAGUUAUAAUACAUCCCUUAUUCAACAUGAAAAAAUUCAUGGGAGAGAAGCUGAAUAAUCAAGAUGGAGACACUCACUGCCAAACCUUUAUUAGACAUUAAGUAACAAAGGUGUGACACUCAGUGUGGUCUAAUGACCAUGGAUUUCCUUGGAGUGUUCAUUGAAACCGCACAUUCCCAAGCUUACCUUGAUCUACUAAAUCAGAAUCUCGUGGUAAAACCCAGGAGCCUGCAAUUCCUAAAAGCAGCACAAGUAAUUUGUAUGUACACUAACUUGCGUUUACGUCUGCAUUUAGAUGAGAAGCUGUGAACAUAACACUGAUUUGAAACUUUUGUCAGAGCUCUUAGCAGGAGUUAGGGAAUUCAGUAUGUAGCUAUACCCAUCAAAUAAUCUUUUCAGUGUAAGCAACCACCCAAACUUAAUCAGACAUUGUCCCUGUGACGCAUUCCUAGAGACAAUGGACUGGAAGAUACUCUCUUUUUUCUUUUCUUUUUUC